AUGAAAAUAGUAGAAUAUUUAAAAGAUUUUGACAUCUUCUCAGAGUCAAUUUAGUUUAACGCUAAUAAAUAAAGGUUAAGAAAAAGGACUAUUUUAGGUUCAAUUUUAACAAUAUCAAUUAUCUUAAUAACUCUAAUUUAUUUUGUGUAUUAAUCCUACCAAUAUUUCGCUGGAUUGAUGGACCCUAAAUUCAGAUAACAAACUUUUAUUUCUGACAAAAUUACAAUUGAUUUAAACAAUGAAAUGUUUGGUUUUGAUUUUUUCUCUGUUUAAAAAGGAUAAUACUUAAGUUAAUUAUAGGCCCAAUAAAAUAAAACAUAUUUAGUUUUUAAAGCAGUUUUUGAAUAUACAAAUACUAAUAGUAGUAGCAACAAUUUAAAUGUACCUUUAGACAUAAUUAAAUGCUAAAGGUAAGAUUUGUAAGGAUUGAGCUGCUUUGAUUUUAGCAAAUUACCAAAUCCUUAGCUAAUUCUAGAAGAUCAUCAAAGUAUUUUUUCUUUCAUAUUAUUAAUGGUUUAUAAAUGCUAAGAUGUUGAUUAAUUUAAAACUUCAAUUCCAGAUAACUGUGCUGACGAAUAAUCAAUAAAUUAAUUUAUCAAUACUUCUCCCUUUAAAUUCUAAAUAAGAACAUAAAUUUCUUAAUUUAAUAUAACUUCAAAUCAAAUUUAGUAGUAAUAUAAAAGUUAAAUAUUUUUAAAUACUGCUAAUACUUUCAUGUAUAAUGAGUUAAAAAUUCAAAACUAAGUUACUUCAGUAUAGUAAGGUUUGAUAGUUUAGGAUUAACAAACAUUUUCAUCUCCAUUAUCAUAAUAACUCACCUCUUACUCAUAUAAUCUCAACCAAGUUAUAUAAGAAACUGGUAUUAAAUGUAUAAGUUAAAUUGUAAUUAAUUUAGAUGAAAGCUAAACUUACUUUCACAUACAAUAUCCAAUUUUUACAGAGGUUUUAGCACUUUGCAAUAGUACAUUAACAAUGCUACUGCUUUUAGGGUCUUUUUCUAGGAAACUAGCAUAAAAAUUUAUCAGAAGAGACAUUUUUUUUAUCUUAAUGAAGCACUUCUAUUCAGGAACAUAUUUACAGAUCAUGUAGCAUAAUCAAAUUGUCAAUCUCAAAAAUUAAACUUAAUUAAGUGAAAUUAUUCAUGAUGAAUAAGCUGAAGAAAUGUUUAAUAAAAAUUAUGAAGAAGACAAUUAAAAAAAUAUAUUUAUUCCAUCUUUAUCGCCAAAAUCUUGCAAAAAACUAUUUUAAUAGCAUCAAACUAACUAUACAUAAAAUACAUGUUAAGACUAAGUGUUAGAGGAGUUACAAACUUAAAACUAAAAAAAAGAUGAUCUCUUAGAAUCAUUAAGAAUUUAUUAAGAUAAUAUAAUAAACAAGUAAGACAAUUUAGAUAAAUAAUCAGAUUAUUAGAUCAGACUAAAUUUAAAUAAGCCUGAUUAAAAUGAAAAGAAUUAUGCUUAAAGUGUAGUUAGAAAUAUUUAGCAAUAAUAAUAACAAUAAUUCUAGUUAUUUAUGAAAGAUUCUACUAACAAACUUGUAAACAGAGUAUCUAUAACCCCUAAAUGCUUAACUAGAUAAAAUAAAGCGAGUUAAUCAAAUUAAUUUGAAGCUGAAGAAAUUGAGACUAAGAAUUUUAAAAAUAAAAAUGAGCAAGUAAAUAAAAUAUUUUCUAAUUUGAAUGAUAAAUCAGUUCAUCUAAAGGUUGAAAAGAUGCUCUUUUAAUUUAAGUUGUGUAAGAAAAAAGAGUUUCUAAAAUCUAAAGGAUUGAAAGAAUAGAUUAUUAGUGAAAUUGAGCAGCGGAUAGAUGAAGGUUUAGAUUAUUAUGAAUUUUAUAAAGAUAUUUUGUUAAUAAAGAAAGCUAUUAUGAUUAUUUUAAGUAAAUAAUAGCUUGCUGCAUUAUAAGUAAUUGGAAUUGAUUUGGAAAAACAAAGCAAAAAUUAGGAAAACUCAAAGAGGAAUUAUUUAUCAGAGGAAGCAACUGAAAAUCACUUCAAGGAGCAAUAUGAAAUUCUUUAAUCAAAAGAAUUAUAAUUAUAAUAUAUUAAUGAUUUCUUAAAAAAAUGUGAGUAAAAUAGAUCAAAUCUGGAUAAUAUUGACAAAAGAAUAUUAUCUUCCUUAUUAAUUAAUUAGUGA